AUGGACGUGAAGAAUGCCUUUCUUAAUGGAGAUUUGAAAAUGACGGUCUAUAUGAAACCCCCUCCGAGUUAUCCUUGUCCUUCUAGCAAAGUUUGUCUCCUUCGCAAGACACUCUAUGGACUUAAGCAAGCUCCUCGUGAAUGGUUUGAAAAGUUCAGCACUACCAUAUGCAAUCUUGGUUUCACUUGCAAUCCUCAUGAGAAUGCUCUCUUCAUUCGUAAAAGCAAUCAUGGAGUUGUUCUUCUACUUCUGUAUGUUGAUGACAUGAUCAUUACUGGAGAUGAUGUUAAUGGUAUCUCUGAUCUCAAGGCAUCCCUUCAGCGUACUUUUGAGAUGAAAGAUCUUGGUUCUCUCAGCUACUUUCUUGGUUUAGAAGUCAUAUCCACCGAUGAUGGCGUCGAUCUCUCUCAAGCUAAAUAUGCUUCAGAUCUCCUUGCUCGAGCCGGAAUCACAGAUAGUCGCACUGAGUCUACUCCUCUUGAGCCUAAUGUUCGAUUUACUCAUAUGAAUGGCACUGUUUUGGAUAAUCCUACUCUUUAUCAACAGCUAGUUAGAGGACUCAUCUACUUAACUGUCACCCGACCAGACAUCGCCUAUCCGGUUCAUGUCCUUAGUCAGUUCUUGUCAGCUCCUCGUACUAAUGCGACAGUUCUUCGCAUUCUUUGCUACAUCAAAGGCACCCUAUUCCAAGGCCUUUAUUUUUCUGCCCAUUCAUCUUCAUCCCUUCUAGCGUACUCAGAUGCUGAUUGGGCUGGAGAUCCCACUGAUCGUCGUUCCACUACUGGUUAUUGUUUGUUUCUUGGCGACUCUCUCAUUUUCUGGCGAGCUAAGAAGCAAACAUUCACUGCUCGAUCAAGCUCAGAAGCUGAAUACCGUGCUCUCGUUGACACCACUAUUGAAGUUAUCUCGAUUCGUUGGCUUCUCGAAGACUUGGGUGCUCCUCAGUCAUUCCCAACUGAUGUUUUUUGUCACAACCGUAGUGCUAUUCAGAUUGCCCAUAAUGAUGUAUUUCAUGAACGCACCAAACACAUUGAGAUUGAUUGUCACUUUGUUCGACAACGUAUCCUUAUUGAUAUUGUUCGUCUCAUCGCUGUUGGAACACUGGAUCAAACAGCUGAUAUCUUCACGAAGGCUCAUCAUCCGACUCGUUUCCGGACUCUGUUAUCCAAACUCAAGAUGGGUCUGAUUCCGGCUAUGUGGGAGUGUGGUCGAGCCACCACAACUCAAGAAUUUGAUGCUGCAAUGUUGGACUACAACGAAUCAAUACUGGAGCAUGGGAGUAUCUGA